UUACUCGUAAUUGUCUUUAUGAUCACAACAUGAUAGGGAUUCUCACUCUAAAGCCAGCUUGCAACAACUAAGCUAAGAUUGAGAACCUUCAAGUCCCUAUAUAUGUAGCAUGUCAUCUUCAUUCAUCAAUUGAAAGAUGGCAUUUCUGCAACACAAAUUACUCUUAUCAAGUCUCUUAAUCUUCAGGAUUAUAGUCGAGGUUUCCUCGCGUGGUGCAGUUUACACGCCGCCAAGUGUUGAGCUAUUAACCGGUCGUUUCAAUCAUGUCUCAGUUAAUCAAGGGUUCUCUGUAUCUUAUGGAGCCUCACAUGUCCGUUGGAUCAAUAAUGGGUCCUAUGCUGAUCUCAGUUUAGACAAAGCCUCUGGCUGUGGAUUGGUCUCAAAGAAGAAAUACCACUAUGGAUUUUUCAGUGCUGCAAUAAAGGUUCCUGCUGGUUUUACAUCAGGAGUUGUAGUACCCUUUUAUUUGUCUAAUAAAGAACUUUUCCCCCACAACCAUGAUGAGAUCGACUUUGAAUUGCUUGGUCAUGAGAAGGAAAGAGACUGGGUCCUGCAAACAAAUAUGUAUGGGAAUGGAAGUGUCAGCACAGGAAGAGAAGAGAAAUUCUACCUCUGGUUCGACCCAACAGCACAGUUUCAUGAAUACAGCAUCCUCUGGAACAAUCAUCACAUAGUAUUUCUAGUAGACAAUGUACCUGUAAGAGAGAUUAUCCACAAUGAAGCAAUCUCUGCUGCUUAUCCAUUGAAGCCAAUGUCAGCCCAUGCAACAAUAUGGGAUGGAUCACAGUGGGCAACUCAUGGAGGAAAAUACCCAGUUAAUUAUAGGUAUGCACCAUUUGUGGCCUCAUUUGGAGAGAUGGAACUUGAAGGCUGUAUAUUGCAGCAGAAUUCUUCAACUCCGUCGUGUUCCAGGAGUGGCCUCUCAAGCUUAGACCCUGUUGAGGGAGAAGAAUUUGCUAAACUAUCACAGCAACAGAUAACAGGGUUGGAGUGGGCAAGAGGGAAACUCAUGUUUUACUCAUACUGCAAAGAUACAUCAAGAUAUAAAGUCCUACCACCAGAAUGCAAUGCUAAGUAAUCAAUAAAAUUGUUGAUAAAAGAUACAGGUAUAAAAUAAUGGGAAUGCUUAUGGUAUUUUCCUGGAAGAAAAUUAGACCAAAUUCAUUGUAAGGAUUAAGCAUUGUAUAAAGAAAAAUGUGUUGGUA